AUGCGGAAGUUCGACCUCGAAAAUAAUAGCGCUAAUGAUGAUAAAUUCCCCGAAGGCGGCCUGUCCGCCUCUCUUGUCGUCCUGGGCAGUUUCAGCGCCAUCAUGGGCGGCCUAGGGCUCAUGAACAGCAUCGGCAUCUACCAAGCCUGGAUCGCUUCUCACCAGCUGCACUCCCUAUCAGCCGGGCGGAUCGGCUGGAUCUUCGGGGUCUACAACUUCCUCGUCUUCUUUGGCGGGAUCCAGAUUGGUCCCGUCUUUGACGCACGCGGUCCCAGACUCCUCAUGCUGCUCGGCUCUGCGCUGCUGGUAGCCAUGUUCGUCCUCCUCGGCUUCUGCCGCGAAUACUGGCAUUUCUUCCUAGUACUAGGCGUGCUAGGCGGCUUGGGGACGUCGUUCAUUUUCAUAGUCCCCGUCGCGAGCAUCGGCCAUUUCUUCGCUACGCGGCGCGGCACCGCAACUGGMCUCGCCAUGUCCGGGGGCAGCCUCGGAGGCGUCAUGUUCCCCCUGGUGCUCGACCAUCUCUCGCCGCGGGUGGGAUUCGCCUGGGCUACGCGGAUCGUCGGCCUGAUCACUCUCUGUCUUCUCGUUCCCGGUUGUAUCCUGAUCAGAGCUCGUCUGCCCCGCAAGGCGCCCGGCGGUGGCAGGAAACAGCUUCUGCCGGACUUGGCCAUCCUGUGGUCCCUGCCACUGGCAUUGACGACGCUUGGCGUGUUCUUCAUCGAGUGGGGGUUCUUCAUUCCGCUGGAGUACAUUGCUUCGUAUGCACUGGCUUCUGGGCUCCCGCCGCGCCUUGCCUCGCUCAUGGUGGUCUUUCUCAACGCGGGCUCGUUCCCCGGCCGCUGGUUGCCGGGGAUUUUAGCGGAUCGGGUCGGACGGUUUAACACGCUGAUCCUGACGAACGUGUUGUGUUUGGUGUCUGUGCUGGCCAUCUGGUUACCCGCAAAGGGGAAUGUCGUCGCGAUCGUGGUCUUUGCCGUGGUGUUUGGAUUUGGCAGCGGGAGUAACAUCAGUCUUGUGCCCGUGUGUGUGGGCGAAUUGUGUCCGACGGAGCAGUAUGGGCGGUACUACACGACGGUUUACACGAUUGUGAGUCUGGGAGCGCUGACGGGGGUCCCUAUUGCCGGGGAGAUUCUGCACAGGUGCCAAGGGGAGUACUGGGGGUUGAUUGUGUUCUCGGGAUGUGCGUAUGCAGCGGGAUUGGGGUGUUUUAUUGUGGUGCACUGGAUGCCAAGACGUUGA